GAAGAAGAACUAUCAGGCUGAAAACCCCCAGACGAAGAAGAAGUUACAGUACGUAACAACAACAAACAGAUGACCUGAGUAAUCCACUGGAGGCCAGAAAUGAGUUGCACUUUCCACCUCCUGGUUUCCCGCAGUGACUUCUGGCAUGGCCGAUUUCUGCUCAUCUUGUCUCGACAGUCCCUGUUGCUCAGAGCAUUCAGCUUCGGGCCCCAGAUCAGCCGCAGCCUGCAAGAGAGCUACAGGGUUCUGCAACUGCCUGACGAGGGGAACAGCAGUGCUGUGCAGGUGAAAGAGGCCUACUUGCGCCUUGCCAAGCUCUACCACCCGGACUCUGGGGCUCCAACUGCAGAUGCUGCACUGUUUGCUCGAGUUGAGGAGGCCUACCGAGCUGUGCUGGCACAUCAGAGCAAGACCAAGCAACCUGACGGAGGGAAGGAAGUGGAAGACGAGGAGAAGUCCAGAGGUAAAGCAUUUCCACACAGGCAGUACCUCAGCUAUGAGGGUGUGGGUUCAGGCACACCCAGCCAGCGUGAGCGUCAGUACCGACAGAUUCGCGUCGACCGGGCAGCUGAACAGGUUUCGAACUACCGACAGAGGGAGCAUGAGAGGGCAGCCGCUGGAGAGGGGGCACUGGUGGAACGGGACAUGCGUCAGCGCAGCCGAAAGAUCAAGAUCACACAGGCUGUGGAACGCCUUGUGGAGGACCUGAUCCAGGAGUCCAUGGCCCGGGGAGACUUCAGGAACCUGAGUGGAGCUGGAAAGCCGCUCAACAAGUUCGAGCACAAUCCAUACGCUGAUCCUAUGACCCACAACCUCAACCGCAUCCUCAUAGACAAUGGUUACCAGCCACCCUGGGUCGUUACACAACGCGACAUCCGAGAGACCACUGCUCAGAUCCGAAAUAGGUUAUUGGAGGGCAGGGCCAAGCUCGGAGACCCUGUGACCCCCAGAGAACACAGCCAGUGGGAGCAGCUUUGUGCAUCUGUAGAGGAGGAGUUGGUGAAACUUAACAAGAUGGUGGACAAUUACAACCUCAUGGUACCAAUGCUCAAAAUGCAAAUGGUUCACUUCAGUUUGUCGCGAGAGAUUGACCGCGCUGUGAAAGGAGCCCGUCAACACAGACUGGACCAGCAGAGAGAGAGAGAGAAGGAAAGAGAGAGGUGGAAAGAAGAAAAGAAAAGAGCCAACGCAGUAACCAAGCCUACAAACACCAAACAAGGCCUGAUGUCUUGGAUGAAGAAUUUGCUCAGAUUAAAACACUAAAACUCUGAAUCUAAGUGAACAAAACAAUAUUUUAGAUCAGUGGUUUAUUUGUUGUUGUUUUUUCACUUAAA